AGAUGAUGAAGCAACACUUUGAGGUACCAAAAUCCUUGUUUUAUUUACUCAGAAAAUGCAACUUAGUUGCAAAACCUCCAAAUUUUGUUUGAGGCAGCAAAAUCCAAAGAAGGAAAGCUGUAAUGAAGGAGGAGCUGAGGUUGUUUGAGAAGGAUGCUUUAACACCAAGGAGGAGUGUUAGAGUUGUGGUGUCAAAGCUGCAUUCGCUUGUGGGUUUGCUCCCUCAACAUAUACUAGAUUCAAUUGCUGCAAUUCCUCUUCCUAUAAUGAAUCAAUUCGAUGAUGAAAGGUUCUGGCAUGCCUCUAAAAAUGGUGACUUUACAGUUAGAUCUGCUUUCUCUAUUAUUCAAUCUCAGCGCUUGGCUCAAGGUCAGGCCACAACACAGUGGGCUUGGAUUUGGAAACUUAAAUGUUCAGAACGAAUCAAAAUAAACUCCAAUUCAUCUCCUACGGGACUGCUAUUUUUCCAGACUGGUAUGGGAAACCUUGGAUUCAUUGCCAUCGGACUUCUUUGUCUUGGAUUUUCAAAGCUGAGUAGGAAUAAGCUGGUUUUUGAAGGAAUAGGGAUGACUCCUGGUGCUGUGUUUUGGCAGGCUAGAUCUCAUGCCUUGGACACUUUUAUUGCCUUGAACUCUUCUGUGUUGACAGUUGCUGGUACACCAAGAUGGUUGGGGUGGCAACCUCCGAAUCAACCUUUUUUGAAGUUAAAUACAGAUGGCUCUCGGAACCAUCAAUCUGGAUGUGCGAGUGCAGGGGGACUGAUCCGUGAUCACUUGGGUCGUUGGGUCCAUGGUUUCACGGCCAAUAUUGGUGUUACUUCCAGCUUUAUUACUGGGCUUUGGGGCCGGUGCGGGGGAUUGAAGUUUGCUCACUCUUUACACUUCCAGUAUCUCAUACUUGCGAUGGACCCAUUAAUGGCCAUUCAAUUAAUUCAAGCUCGUCAAGUAGAGAGGGGACCUUAUUCUAUCCUACUUUCUGAUAUCUUGGUCUUAAUUGAUGCUUUCAGUACAUGUAUCGUUCGUCAUACACUUCGCCAAGGGAAUUCUCCUGCUGAUUUUAUGGCUUCCUUGGGCCACAAAUCCCUUUUGGGUAUUACCUUUUAUCAGACUCCACCUGCUGGGAUCAGUAUGCUUGUGCGUGGAGACGCUAUUGGGACCAUGUUCCUUAGAUCUUAGACUCUUAUUUAGCAUCAUCUGUACCAAAAAAAAAGGUCGUGUGCGUGUAGCAUUUUCGAAAUUCACACAUCAUUACUGAAUGCGUAUCAUGAUCAAUAUUUUCAUUGAAGAUUAACAUGUGCUAGAUGUACCAUGAGACUGAAUGCAAGAGUAGAACUGAAAGUAAAGAAUCUAAAACCUC